GAAGAAGGAGAAGGGGGUUGGGUUUUAGUAUUUUACAAUGGAAACGUUGUUGUUUUUCUUUGUUUCCCAAUCUCAUCCCAGACCCAGGGGCCACAAAGCCAAACACAGACACAGAGUCACGCUGCUUUCUGCUUUUGUUCUGGUGUCCCAGCUGUGGUGAGUCUCCAGUGGACCUCAACCACUCUUCCACACAAUAACUUAUCUCUUUCUUCCUCAGCACAAUUUCAAUCAAAUGAACAAAAAUGCAAUGGAGGACUCUGAUGAAGACUCAUCUUUGCCCACCCCACCAAAUAACACACAUCAUUAAGGGCUUUCAGGUAUUUAGCCACCUCCCAUGUUGUCUCCUUUUUGAGAAAUGAAAAUGCCCACAAGAUUCCCCAGUUUCCCAACGGUUCAGUUCAAACAAACCUUCAAAGUUGCUUUAGAAUAUUGUUCUUUGUAGUUUGUACCCUGCCCGUUGUUCUUCUCAAUAAAACCCAAAACGUGUCAACACCAACUUUAUUAUUAUUAUUCUCCAUGAGGCUUCUUCUGCUGCUGUUUCUGCUUCUUCCUCAUGUCAGGGCUGGGUCUACAAGCGAAGCCAAGUCCCUUGACGCAAUUCUGCAAGAAUAUGCGUACAGGGCUUUGGUGAGGCCCAAAACAGGUACCAUUUACAAUGCAACAUCUCAGCUUCCUUCCAAUUUCACUGGGGUUAAGAUUGGUGCAUUGAGAUUAAGGAGUGGCAGUUUGAGGAAAAGAGGGGUUCGCAGUUACAACGAGUUUGAGAUUCCCAAAGGGGUGAUUGAGAAGCCCUAUGUGAAGAGGCUGGUUUUGGUGUACCAAAAUUUGGGGAAUUUGUCCAAUAAGUACUACCCUUUGCCCAAUUACACUUACUUGGCUCCUGUUUUGGGACUCUUGGCCUACAAUGGCUCCAAUUUGUCAGCUACCAAUUUACCAACGCUCAGCGUUAAUGCCUCUGCUGACCCCAUAAGGGUCAAGUUCAGUGAUGUCAAAGACCCUCCUCUGGGUGCCGUUGCAAGAUGUGUUUGCUUUGAUUUGCAGGGUUCAUCCAAUUUCAGCAAUGUAACAGGUGGCAACACGUGCUCCACCUCCACACAGGGCCAUUUCUCCAUUGUGGUUGAGUCUGCUCUUGUUCCUUCACCACCGAGUGGUGGAAAGAGUAGCAACAAGGUUGGGGUUAUUGUGGGGUCACUCUUGGGUGGACUUGUGUUGUUGGUGCUGCUGUGCUUGCUGGUUUUGUGUCUGCUUAAGUAUAAGCAAAACAAGAAAAUACAACGGAUGGAGAGGGCUUCUGAGGCCGGAGAAGCACUUCAUAUGGCCACUGUUGCUGAUACCAAAGCACCGGCUGCCACGGUGACUCGAACACAGCCUACCCUUGAACAUGAAUAUGCACCUUGAUCUGACCCUCACUCAUGUGUUCGUGGCUUGCUUCCAAACACCUCUUUUUGGCGGUUGUUUGCUUAGUCUAUACUGGUUGGUGGUAAAUGCUAAUAUAGAUUUUUUGUGUAAAGUAAAUCUGUUUAUUAUCUUCUUUGUUAUUCAUUGUGGUGUGAAUGUAGCAUCCCAUAUUUAAUGAAUUCAGUUCUUCCAUUGACAAGUAAAUCAACAUAUACCUGUUGUCUC